AUGUUUUUGUUUUCGUUUCUUCUUUCUCUUCAGAGGAGUGCUCCUUUAGCACUUUCGAGGACAUUUGUGUCAGGAAAUAUCCUCACGACAUUUACAACAGAAAUUAAAUUAAGAUGCGUUGGUUUCGAUAAAAAACUUGAAGAGCAGCUUAUCUCUGUUCUUUAUUCUCAGCGUGGAUACAUGCAUAAAAUCAACGUCAUCGAAGGUGAUCAAGAUGUUCACCAAAUCUUUAACACUUCAGUUGAAUUAAUCACUUUAAACUUAAACAAGAAUCCUGAAGGAAACAAAGAAUUAAUACAGCAACACUUCAAUAAUAACAAAGCUAUUUUAGCAAUUUACAUUGUAAAACAAGAAAAUUGUGCGGAACGAAAUUCGAGGUUAUUUGCAACAGGAAAUGGCUGGGUAGCCCUUUCAUUUUGCAAAGACGAAAUAGUAUACGAAAAUAGUAAGAUCGCAUACUUAAUUAUCGACUCUGUUAAGAGAGUUUUAACGGAUUUAUUUGAUCACCCUCUCAGCUUCAGACCUCUUAACAGUAUUACAGAAAAAGAAGCACAGAAUGUUAUUAUCUACCACAAAUCGCCUCCAGAUGCCAAUAUUAUUCGAGAUGUACAAAAUUAUUUUGCUUCAUACAGAGGAGCCAACGUUUCGCACCUUACAUACGAAAUAAAGUCAUUAGAAGUCAUCUGUGGUGUCUGUGAAGACAGUAUUUGCGUCAGAGAUUGGCUAGUUCGCACUCCAGAGUAUCAUCUUGCGAGAGAAGUCGAUGUACUCCCAGUUUUCGUAUUACCAGCUACAUGUCCAGCCAACUUUUUAUAUGGCGAUAACGAAGUUGCAUUUGUUUCCGAAAAUUCGCUCCAAGAUUUACAAAAAGCUUUAAUUCACUCGUUCUUCGGUUUCGACAUUCUCGGAGAGGCCACACCAUUUACAGAAAUGAUUAUCAGAAGGAACAGCGUUGUUUAUCCAUUCCUAGAUUUAGUUCAGAAUUUCACACACGUAAUAAACAACGUCCGCGAAGUUCUCGGCCUCGGAUUAGAGAUUACAGACCAAUACACAAUUAACCAGCUCGAAAGGUACUUCCAGGACUUCAGAUCUAAUCAAUCUGCAGCAACAUCACAAGCAUUGCAGGGAAAGAACGUAUUGGAGUACUACAACAAGUCAAAGGAUGCAGCAGACAGUGCGUGGUUGAUCUGGAACAUGCUGUCUGACCACAUUGGAACGAAAAGAGUUUGUGCAGGAAACAAAAUCAACUUGUACAGGGACAAUUUCUUCCUGUUCAGGCCUUUCUCGUACAUGAUUAUAUCUAUUGCUUCAAGUAUCGCAAUAUUCGCGUUUGCUUUCACGAAGAUGAGGCCAAAGGCUGUAAUUAAUAUACUCUCAACUCCACCUUCUAUUUUGUAA